AUGGUCAUCCUCUCUCACCAUUGACAUCGAGAUACCAUCCAAAACUUGGUCUUUGAACAGAAGAACAAUUGUCGCAUUAACCAACCAAACGAUCUUAGCGUUCAUGGGAAAAGAGAUCAAGAUGUCGAAAAAGCACGCGACCGACUUCGAAAAGAUCAUCCACGCCGAUCGAAACCGCAAGCAGAAGGAGGCUCUCGCAGCCAGGAUAUUCAGCCGGGACAGGCGAUCCAGCGCCCCAGGCAAAGGCUCAGGCCUGUCUUCGCCCUCCGCGGCCGCUGGCUCCCUUGCUAGCCGCGUAGGAGUGAAAAAGAAUCGCGCAUCUUCCGGAGCAGUCAAGCCCGGCGAUGUCAAUGGUAUCUGGUUCCAUGACCUGCAUGGCUCCUCCACCGACGCAGCGAAGCCGGCCGCGGGCUCACUAGCCAGUCGCAUAUCCACCCCCGGAGGCGGACCGGCCGUGCCCAAGGGCCCCAAGCGCCAGCAGCAGCAGCAGCAACAGCAGCAGCAACAGCGCGCCUCGAAGCUCUCACACGCCCUCUCCAGGGAUCAAGCAAAAGCGCCAGCUCAGCAACAGGCCACCGUAAGGAACAGUGGCAUAUCCAUACGCGGGCUUGCUGGUCCGCCAGUCGUCAUGGCCCAGAACUUUGCGCCCGGCACAACAGCCGCCGACAUCGAGAGUGCCUUCACGCCAUGCGGCGGCAUCGUCACGAGCUGUCGCUUGUUAAAGACGAGCCCCAUCAUUAUCGCCGAGAUAGUUUUCGAGGACCCCAACGGCGCGCAACGUGUGAUUGAUCAGUUCAACAACCAGACGGCCGACGGCCGUCUCUUGAGGGUGUACCCUAAAGUUGGCGGCGGUGCCGUCACGCAGCCAAUCGUCUCCAGGCCUGAGCCUCUGCUAAACGGGAGCGGGAACAUCAUAGAUGGUUCGCACGGCUUCUCGGGUGGUGACUACGAUACCGGAAUGGAUGUCGACGGAGGUGGUGGAAGCGAGAGGAAGCUCUACAGCGACUCUUUGCUGCCUCGAAAUGACAAGUCCGGCCAGCCAAACCACACGCAAUACGACUCACGCUCGGAGGCAUGUAGUCUCGUCCAGGAGACGCAGGAUUCGCGUGCCCAUUGGGAUGGAGGUCCAGAUAACGGAUAUGUAGACGAGAGGGCACAAUGGGACGGCCACUCACAGCAGCAUGCGCGGAGCCCGCGUCGCGGCGAUUCACCGACGCAGCAUCUGCGAUACCACAAUGACAACAGACACAACCACUAUCAAGCGGACUAUAGCGGCAAUGAGGAUCAGUCUUAUUACGGCAGCGAUUCGCGUCGUGCCUACCGCACUGGUUUUUCACCUCGCCGGGAUACGUCACGGUACUAA